AUUUUUUUACUUUUCUCUUCCGACCUCCUCAUCCUCCCUCGGAAAGAGAAAAUGGAAGACCAGCUCGGCGACCAGCAGCGAGGGGAGAACGGAGGAGCGGAGGGGAAAGGAGAUAUCUCGGCGGAUGGAUCGAUUCGCGGCUUCGAAUCCCUCCAUCGCCUCCUCGAAGCCAAUUUAAAACCCCAAAUCUUCCAGGAAGUGAGCCGCUUGCUGCUGGGGCUGAAUUGUGGACGCCCGCUGGAACGUCUUGCUUUGCCGGAGCCUGCGGCCUCUCUCGCUGCAAAACAUGAUUUUGAUUUGCAGGCUUUCUGCUUCCAUGCUGACAAAGAGUUAUUGCGGCAACCUCGAAUUGUUCGUGUCGGUCUUAUUCAGAACUCUAUUUCCCUUCCAACUACUGCCCACUUUGCAGACCAGAAGAAAGCAAUCGUGCAGAAAGUGAAACCCAUGAUUGAUGCAGCUGGUGCUUCUGGUGUCAAUGUUUUAUGCUUGCAAGAGGCUUGGAUGAUGCCAUUUGCCUUCUGCACCCGUGAGAAGAGAUGGUGUGAAUUUGCAGAGCCUAUUGAUGGAGAGUCAACUCAAUUUCUUCAGGACCUUGCACGGAAGUAUAACAUGGUAAUCGUGAAUUCGAUUCUUGAACGGGAUGUAAACCAUGGAGAAAUAAUUUGGAAUACUGCUGUCAUAAUUGGAAACUAUGGUAACAUAAUUGGCAUCCAUCGCAAGAAUCACAUUCCUAGGGUUGGGGAUUUCAACGAGAGCACAUACUAUAUGGAAGGAAAUACUGGGCAUCCUGUGUUUGAAACUGCUUACGGGAAGAUUGCAGUAAACAUUUGUUAUGGAAGGCACCAUCCGUUGAAUUGGUUAGCAUUUGGACUUAAUGGAGCUGAGAUUGUUUUCAACCCUUCUGCUACAGUUGGAGAACUAAGUGAACCGAUGUGGCCUAUCGAGGCUCGGAAUGCUGCGAUAGCAAAUAGUUAUUUUGUUGGGUCGAUCAAUCGUGUUGGGACUGAAGUGUUUCCAAAUCCAUUCACUUCUGGCGAUGGAAAACCCCAACAUUCUGAUUUUGGGCAUUUUUAUGGCUCUAGCCAUUUUUCUGCUCCUGAUGCAUCUUGCACCCCAUCGCUCUCACGCUACAGGGAUGGCUUAAUGAUUUCAGACAUGGAUCUCAACCUCUGUCGGCAGAUAAAGGAUAAAUGGGGUUUCAGAAUGACAGCUCGUUACGAAUUAUAUGCAGCGAUGCUUUCUGAGUACUUAAAACCAGACUUUUCUCCCCAGGUCAUUGUUGACCCCAUGCUGCACAAGAAACCAUGAAACCUGGUUGAAGAAGAUAAGGUGGGUUUGUGGGUAUGAUAUAUGAUCGUGGAUG